CCAGCCCUGUUUGCAUGCGCGGGGCCUCGGCGAGGAGCCUCCGCCCCCCACCGGGUGGUUUUUCGGCGCCUCCCUCUGCUCGGCGGAGGUGGUGGCGGCGGCAGCAGCAUGGCGAGCCCUACGGAGACCGAGGGCUUCUCGGACGUGCGCAAGGUGGGCUACCUGCGCAAACCUAAGAGCAUGCACAAGCGCUUCUUCGUGCUGCGGGCGGCCAGCGAGGCGGGGGGCCCGGCGCGCCUGGAGUACUACGAGAAUGAGAAGAAGUGGCGGCACAAGUCGAGCGCCCCCAAACGCUCGAUCCCCCUCGAGAGCUGUUUCAACAUCAACAAGCGGGCUGACUCCAAGAAUAAGCACCUGGUGGCCCUCUAUACCCGGGACGAGCACUUUGCUAUCGCAGCGGACAGCGAGGCCGAGCAGGACAGCUGGUACCAGGCCCUCCUGCAGCUGCAUAACCGUGCCAAGAGCCACCACGAUGGGGCUUCGGCCCCCGGGACAGGAGGCGGCGGGGGCAGCUGCAGUGGCAGCUCCGGCGUGGGCGAGGCUGGGGAGGACCUGAGCUUCGGGGACAGCAACCCGGGGCCCGCAUUCAAGGAGGUCUGGCAGGUGGUCUUGAAACCCAAGGGCCUGGGUCAGACAAAGAACCUGAUUGGUAUCUACCGCCUCUGCCUGACCAGCAAGACCAUCAGCUUCGUGAAGCUGAACACAGAGGCGGCUGCAGUGGUGCUGCAGCUGAUGAACAUCCGGCGCUGUGGUCACUCGGAGAACUUCUUCUUCAUCGAAGUGGGCCGUUCCGCCGUGACCGGACCCGGGGAGUUCUGGAUGCAGGUGGAUGACUCGGUGGUGGCCCAGAGCAUGCACGAGACAAUCCUGGAGGCCAUGCGGGCUAUGAGCGAUGAAUUCCGGCCUCGCAGCAAGAGCCAGUCUUCCUCCAACUGCUCCAACCCCAUCAGUGUCCCCCUGCGCAGGCACCACCUAAACAACCCUCCGCCCAGCCAGGUGGGGCUGACCCGCCGUUCACGCACGGAGAGCAUCACGGCCACCUCUCCAGCCAGCCUGGUGGGCGGGAAGCAGGGCUCCUUCCGCGUCCGUGCCUCCAGCGACGGGGAAGGCACCAUGUCCCGCCCGGCUUCGGUGGACGGCAGCCCCGUGAGUCCUAGCACCAACAGGACGCACGCCCACCGGCAUCGGGGCUGCUCGCGGCUGCACCCCCCACUCAACCACAGCCGAUCCAUCCCCAUGCCUUCUUCUCGCUGCUCGCCUUCGGCCACCAGCCCUGUCAGCCUGUCCUCAAGCAGCACCAGUGGCCACGGCUCCACCUCGGACUGUCUUUUCCCGCGGAGAUCCAGUGCUUCUGUGUCUGGUUCCCCCAGCGAUGGCGGUUUCAUCUCUUCGGAUGAGUAUGGCUCCAGCCCCUGCGAUUUCCGAAGUUCCUUCCGCAGUGUCACCCCAGAUUCCCUGGGCCACACCCCACCGGCCCGCGGGGAGGAGGAGCUGAGCAACUACAUCUGCAUGGGAGGCAAGGGGGCCUCCACUCUCGCCGCCCCCAAUGGCCACUACAUUUUGCCUCGGGGUGGCAAUGGUCACCGCUACCUCCCGGCCGCUGGCCUGGGCACGAACUCGGCCCUGGCUGGGGAGGAAGCAGCCGGUGCUGCGGAUCUGGAUAACCGGUUUCGCAAGCGGACUCACUCGGCUGGCACUUCCCCCACCAUUUCCCACCAGAAGACCCCGUCGCAGUCCUCCGUGGCUUCCAUUGAGGAAUAUACAGAGAUGAUGCCUGCCUGCCCACCAGGAGGUGGCAGUGGAGGCCGACUGCCCGGCUACCGGCACUCCGCCUUCCUGCCCACCCAGUCCUACCCCGAGGAGGGUCUGGAAAUGCACCCCCUGGAGCGCCGCGGAGGCCACAGCCGCCCGGACACCUCCACCCUCCACACGGAUGAUGGCUACAUGCCCAUGACCCCAGGAGUGGCCCCAGUGCCUGGCAGCCGGAAAGGCAGUGGGGACUACAUGCCUAUGAGCCCCAAGAGUGUGUCUUCCCCGCAGCAGAUCAUCAACCCCCUCAGGCGCCAUCCCCAGAGAGUGGACCCCAAUGGCUACAUGAUGAUGUCCCCAAGUGGCAGCUGCUCCCCGGACACUGCGGGUGGGCCCAGCAGCAGCAGCAACAGUGCUGCCCCUUCUAGGAGUAGCUAUGGGAAGCUGUGGACAAAUGGGGUCGGGGGCCACCACGCCCACCCCCUGCCACCCUCCUCCAAACUCCCCUCGGAGAGCAGUGGUGGGAAGCUCUUGCCUUGUACAGGUGACUACAUGAACAUGUCACCGGUGGGGGACUCCAACACCAGCAGCCCCUCUGACUGCUACUGCGGCCCUGAGGACCCCCAGCACAAGCCAGUUCUCUCCUACUACUCAUUGCCAAGGUCCUUUAAGCACACCCAGCGGCCGGGGGACCUGGAGGAGACCGCCCGGCACCAGCACCUCCGCCUUUCCUCCAGCUCUGGUCGCCUUCUCUAUGCUGCAGCAGCCGAAGAUUCCUCUUCCUCCACCAGCAACGACAGCCUGGGUGGGGGAUACUGUGGGGUGAGGCCCGAGCCCAGCCUCCCGCAUCAUCUGCACCAUCAGGUCCUGCAGUCCCAUCUGCCUCGAAAGGUGGACUCAGCUGCGCAGACCAACAGCCGCCUGGCUCGGCCCACGAGGCUUUCCCUGGGGGACCCCAAGGCCAGCACCUUACCCCGGGCUCGAGAGCAGCAGCAGCCGGCCCUCCUGCUUCCUCCGGAGCCCAAGAGCCCAGGGGAAUAUGUGAAUAUAGAAUUUGGGAGUGAUCAGCCUGGCUACUUAUCUGGUCCCGUGGCAUCCCACAGCUCACCUUCGGUCAGGUGUCCAUCCCAGCUCCAGCCGGCUCCCAGGGAGGAAGAGUCUGGCACUGAAGAGUACAUGAACAUGGACCUGGGGCCUGGCCGGAGGGCUACCUGGCAGGAGAGCCCUGUGGUCCAGCCGAGCAGAGUGGGUCCUGCACCUCCAGGGACUGCCAGCACCUGCAGGCCUACCCGGGCAGUGCCUAGCACUAGCACUCGGGGUGACUACAUGACCAUGCAGAUGGGGUGUCCCCAUCAGAGCUAUGUGGACACCUCUCCGGUUGCCCCUGUCAGCUAUGCUGAUAUUCGGACAGGCAUUGUGGAGGAGGCGAGCCUUCCCGGGGCUGCAGCGGCUGCUCCCUCCUCAUCCUCUACAGCCUCUGCUUCCCCCACUGCGCCUCAAGGAGCAGGGGAGCUGGUGGCCCCGCAGGGGUCCGGGGGCACGAGUGCCUUCACCCGGGUGAACCUCAGUCCCAGUGGCAACCAGAGUGCCAAAGUGAUCCGUGCAGACCCGCAAGGGUGCCGGAGGCGGCAUAGCUCCGAGACCUUCUCCUCCAUGCCUAGUACCCCCCGGGCCGGCAACACGGUGCCCUCAGCGGGGGCUGCGGUAGGGGGCAGCAGUGGUGGCAGCAGCAGCAUUGAGGAUGUGAAGCGUCACAGCUCUGCUUCAUUUGAGAACGUGUGGCUGAGGCCUGGGGAGCUCGGGGGAGCACCCAAAGAGCAGGCUCCAGUGUGUGGGGCUGCAGGGGGUUUGGAGAAUGGUCUGAACUACAUAGACCUGGAUUUGGUCAAGGACUUCAAACAGCACCCCCAGGAGCACCCCCCUCAAGGGCAGCAUCCCCAACCCCCAACCCUUCAUCGUCCUCCGGGCAGCAGUGAGAGCAGCUCCUCCAGCCGCUCCAGGGAGGAUGUAAGCGCCUACGCCAGCAUCAGUUUUCAGAAGCAGCCAGAGGACCUCCAGUAGCUCAACUGAACAUCACAGCAGAAUGAAGACCUAAAUGACCUCAGCAAAUCCUCCUCUAACUCAUGGGUACCCAGACUCGAACUAUUUCAUGAUUCACAACCAGGACCUCACAUCUUCCUCCUCUGUAGAUGGUACGAUGCAUCCAUUUCAGUUUGUUUACUUUACAAAUCCUCAGGAGUCCGUUGACUGAACUGCACGUUCUUUAUUGUGCCAAGCAAAAAAAGCACUGUGACACCAGGACAAUGAGUCUGCAUAAAUUUCAUCUUCAACCUUAAGGACUUAGCUGGCCACAUGAGCUGCUGUGCCCCCCACCAUGCUGCGAGAGAAUGGGUUUCCUCUCAUCGCCAUCUACACGAUACAUUUCAUCUGCUGCUGAAACUGUGCGACAGAGCAUCGUUGUAAAUUAUUUCACACAAAACAGUUCGCGUUGGGUGGAGAGAGUGUUAAAUAUUUAACAUAGGUUUUGAUUUAUAUGUGUAAUUUUUUUAAUUAAAAUGUAACUUUUCUUACAGCGCACAUUUUUUUUUUUUU